AUGUCUUGCUACGACCUGUGCUCCACCUCUGCCUGCGGCGUCUACCGCCCCCAGCCCCUCGCUGACAGCUGCAACGAGCCGUGCGUCCGGCAGUGCCCUGACUCCACGACUGUGAUCCAGCCGCCCCCCGUUGUCGUCACCUUCCCUGGCCCCAUCCUCAGCUCCUUCCCCCAGGAUUCGGUGGUGGGAUCCUCUGGAGCCCCCGCCCUUGGGGGCUAUGGGGGGUCAGCCGUGGUGGGCUCCUCCGGAGCCCCCGCCUUUGGGGGCUCCCUGGGGCUGGGGGGCCUCUAUGGCUCUGGGAGCCUCAAUGGUUAUGGGGGCUCUCUGGGAUACGGGUCCCAGUAUGGAUAUGGGAGUUCAGCCCUCUCCACACUCGGCAGCGGGUACUGCAGCCCGUACUCCUCCCGCCGGUACAGCCGGUUCCUCCGCAGCACCUGUGGGCCCUGCUAA